GACGAGCUCGACCUGCCGGUCAAGAUCAAAGCCGGGCACAUUGGCAAGCUGACCCUGAAGAUCCCCUGGAAGAACCUGUACACAGCCCCUGUGGUAGCGGAGAUUGAUGGCAUCUAUGCUCUGGCUGUGCCCAAUAUCGCUCAUAAGACUGGACUCUCUGUCCGUCUACUGGAACAGCAAGGCGGCCAUGAUUCAGGACAAGGACAAGGAGACCAUUCUGGUGUGUACAUACGCCCUUCUCCCUUCUCCGCAUUUUCUUUUACGUCCGAUCUGUUACUUCGUUUUGGCAUGUGCGCACACACUUGCGUAUGCUUACACAGACGCACACCUGCACACAGAUAAACAGAAACACGUGCAUAUCGACAAUUGUGUCGCGACGUGAUGGAAUCAGGCGCUCGUCAAAUUUUUGCGCAUCUAGAGUUUUUGGUAUUUUCUUAAAUCCUAUUUGCUUGCCUUGCUUUUGGUGAAAAAAAAUGAUCCAUGUAUCUUUAGUAGAAGUUGAGAUAUCUGCUAUUGAAGGAGGUGGGGGUCGUCUGGUUUCAGAGGUAAAAUACGCGAGAAAAUAGCCGCCAAAGUUUGGUUAUUUCAACGGCUUGAGAAUCCUUGAAAACUGGAAAUUUACACGUUUUGUGCCGUUAAUAAUGUUUAUCAGUAAAGUUCACAUGGAAAUGUGUUUUUAUAUGGACAUAAAAGG